UUUUUGGCGAGGAACUCCAAUCCCGUGGAGGGCGGCAGACGUCUGGUUGUGAGGGCGAGGAGUACCAGCCUCCAAUUUCUGUGAUGGAGGUGUCCCCCAACGAGUCGCGUCGAAGUCUUCGACCUUUGCCGCAUCGCAGAGAAGAUCGUGGUCAUGUUUUGGGGUACAACCUACCCGAGUGUCGAGUUGUGUUAACUCGCCUUCCUGAGGUAGGCUCAGGGAGUGGCAGGGCUUCUGGAAUCGAAGUCAUAGAUUUAACGUGCUCAGGAGGUGGGCCACAGAACUGAAAUGCAGCCGGGUAGUAGUGGUGGAAGAGGGACAACAGGCGGCAGGAAUUAUCAAGUCCAAUAUUCGGGACCGGUGUCUUCGGAGGAGGAGGAGGACUUGGAGGCGUUGUUUGUUAAGGUGAAACGUGUCCGGAAGGAGAAGAAGUCUUCCACUGGUGCAGGUGAGACCGAGAGGAGCGCCAACCAGGCCGGUGGUAGCGGGAGGGUGAUGGCGGAAGGAAAAACGAGGAUAAAGGCCAGGUCGAAAAAGUGGUUUCGGAGGAGGUGUCCAUGUGGCCAUGUCUUCAUCGCGAUGGACCGAUGGAGGUAUCACCUGAAGAACUGCAACGGCGGUUCUUGUAAUCAAGGAAGAUGUCAUCUGAUAGGAUGCCAAGGAAAUCCUAAUCCAGAAGUAGAUUAUCGUCGUCGUAGAUAA